AUGGCCAAGGCCCUGAUCUUAGUAUUAGUCUUACUUCAAGUAAUUUCUUUCACAGUGUUUGCAAAUGAGGUUAAUCACUCCCACAAAAAACACCACCAACAUCAUCACCAUCACCCAUUAGCUCCAACCCCUGCCCCUGUUCAACCACCAUCUUCUUUCCAAAUUCACUCUCUUCGUAUAGAUCAUUUUCACAAAGAACCCCGCCAAGAUCAUCACCAUCACCCAUCCGCCCCAACACCUUCCCCUGUUCAACCACCAUCUCGUUCACUUAUUCAAUCCUUUGAUCGUCUAGAUCAUUCUCACGAUGAACACCACAAACAUCAUCAUCACCACCACCCAUCAGCCCCAACGCAUGCCCCUGUUCAACCACCAUCUCCUUCCCCUAUUCAAUCUAUCAGUCUAGAUCAUCGUCACAAUGAACACCACAAACAUCAUCCUCAUCAUCACCCAUCGACCCCAACACCUGCCCCUGUUCAGCCACCAUCUUCUUUCCUUAUCGAUUCUCUUCCUUUGGAUCAUACUCACAAAAGACAUCAUCGUCACCAUCACCCAUCAUCUCCAACCUCUUCUCCUGUUCAACAACCAUCUUCUAAUCAUGAGUAA